CUCCAAAACUGGCCUGGAAAAAGUGGGCAACUCCAUUUGGCUGGAAGCUCCUUGAUUGAAUUUUUUAAUCAGAAUCCCAGUCUCCCAUGUUAGAAUCGGAAAUCUGUAAUAUGCAUAUCAAGUAUUGAGCAUUACUUUUUGUGUGGAGUGGAAGCGAGCUAGAAGAGAUGGAAGCGGACCUUUCUCACCCCAUGGAAGAUGGCACCAACCCUCCAAAGCCUUUGGAUGCUGGAGCCCUCUUUGUUCUUAAAUCCAGAGGAUCAUGGUGGCACUGCGGCUACCAUCUAACCACAUCAAUAGUGGCUCCGGCGCUUCUGAGUCUUCCCUUUGCGCUGUCCUUACUGGGGUGGGUGGCCGGAGUUUUUUGCCUGACCAUGGCAGCGCUAGUGACGUUCUAUUCCUACAACCUUCUCUCAGUGGUCUUGGAGCACCAUGCUCAUCUGGGCCAGCGCCAGCUUCGUUUCCGGGACAUGGCCAGAGAUAUUUUAGGUCCGGGAUGGGGUAGGUAUUUUGUAGGUCCAAUUCAAUUUGGGCUAUGUUAUGGUGCAGUCAUCGCCUGCAUUCUUCUUGGAGGGCAGAGCCUAAAGUUUAUUUACUUGCUGUCAAGGCCAAAUGGGACCAUGCAGCUUUACCAGUUUGUGAUUAUUUCUGGAGUUCUAAUGCUGGUCUUAGUGCAAAUACCAUCCUUCCACUCCUUAAGGCACAUUAACCUUGUCUCUCUAGUCCUCUGCCUCUUCUACAGUGCUUCUGCCACCGCUGGUUCUAUAUACAUCGGACAUUCCAAGACUGCACCAGUAAAGAACUAUUCUGUACAUGGAAGUGGAGAACAUCGUCUAUUUGGUGCCCUGAAUGCUAUUUCAAUCAUUGCUACCACAUAUGGCAAUGGAAUCAUACCUGAAAUCCAGGCAACUAUUGCACCUCCGGUGAAGGGGAAGAUGUUUAAAGGCCUGUGUGUGUGCUAUGCUGUUGUGCUCACCACAUUUUUCAGUGUUGCUAUAUCCGGGUAUUGGGCGUUUGGCAAUCAGGCCAAGGGAACAGUUGUUGCAAAUUUUAUGGUUGAUGAGGAGGCUUUGCUGCCCAGUUGGGUUCUCCUGAUGACCAACGUUUUCAUCUUCUUGCAAGUAUCAGCUGUCAGCCUUGUUUACUUGCAACCUACAAAUGAAGUGCUUGAGCAAAAGUUUGCAGACCCCAAGAUUGAUCAAUUCUCGGUUCGCAACGUUGUGCCAAGGUUGGCUUUCCGGUCAUUGUCAGUGGUCAUAGCCACCACCCUCGCUGCAAUGUUUCCUUUCUUUGGGGACAUCAAUGCAGUAAUUGGAGCAUUUGGAUGCAUACCUCUAGAUUUCAUUUUGCCCAUGAUCUUCUACAAUGUGACCUUCAAGCCAUCAAAACAGAGCCUAAUUUUCUGGGGGAACACAUUACUCGCCGUAAUCUUCUCAAUUCUAGGGGCCCUGGGAGCAAUAUCAUCAAUUCGACAGAUAAUUCUUGAUGCUAACACAUACAGCUUCUUUGCUAACAUUUAACACUAGCAACCAUUGAUGUUAACUGGCAAUUACGCCUAAAUAUUUUACUCAAAUGCCAGGAAAAAACAAGUGAGUAAAUGGAUAAAUGUGUGAAGCCAGUGACAUUCAAA